CAACAUUGCCGAUUAAAAAAAAAAAACUUUUACCACACAUACAACGGGAAUAAUUUUGUUAUUCAAAAUGUUUAGUUUAUUAGUUUUAUGUAUUAGAAUUAGAUAGUUAUGUGUUUAUAAAAAUGUACCUGUAUAUUUCCUAAAAUAAAUUUAAAGUUUUUGUGCGAUUCCGUCGGAUAACUUGUUGAAAUGGCAGUUUGUGGUCUAAGAACGUUAUUGUUGAUCGUCUGUAUUUUGGAAUUGAUCAUCACAAUACAGCGGCAAGUCUUUGAUUUUCUUGGAUAUAUGUGGUUGCCAAUAAUUGCAAACUUCACGAACAUAAUUUUGAUAAUAUUUGGAUCAUUUGGAGCUGUUCAGUAUAUUACAAAGUAUCUUUUAGCGUAUGCAAUAUGGAGUUUCAUGUGGCUAGUAUGGAAUAUAUUUUUGAUAUGCUACUACCUGAAUUUGGGCUCUUUGAACAGGGAUAGUGGCCUGUUAUCCCUGGGUACAGGCAGUGUUAGCUGGUGGGAAGGCAAUGGUUGGGGGUGUCAACCAGUUUGGGAUGAAGUGGAUGGUCCAGGCUCAUGGAGACCCACAAGAGUUGAGGGUUGUUUCAUGCAGUGGGACCAUGUGGAACUGGGACAGUCAGCUGUUGCUGCUAUAUUUGCAGCCACAGCAUUACCACUCGCUGUUGUUUUGGCUUAUAGAUCCUUUAAAAAGCAGAAGCCAGCAGCAGAUAAAGGAACUAUGUCUCGUCGACCAGUGUAUACAAUUGAACUAAGUCCAACAGAAACAAACAUCAGUGAAACUUCAAUGAAACCAAUGACACCUCGUCGAGUAAAACGUCGAUCAGGUUCUCGGGGAAAUAACUCGUCAGUCCGCAGGUCCCGUCGUUCAUACAGAAACGCUGGAUACUUAUCGUCAAACGCUUCGUUGCCGCGCGAGUCGAGAGCGUCUCGACCGACGUCGGCGCACUCGUCCUACUCUAAUUUCCACGCGGCGCGUCCUGUCUCUUAUCACACAGCAGAGCGAGAAAACUUUCCUUGUGUAGAAGAUGCCUAUGACCCACCACCCCCAGUCGAAUCUGUUCCUAUAGUCACUAAUAAUAGGUAUAACACCAUAGGUCGUAGCAGUAUGAAAUCAGGUUACGAUGUAGUCGGCCCUUACAACGAACCAAACCCACCAAGGAAAUACGAGCCCAACAUUGCAUCUUAUGACAAUAUUGAAAGAAAUUAUGAGACCGCACCCACAUACGACAAUAGAGCAGACAAUAUUACUCCUUGCGAGUCUCCUUCUUACGUGUACGGCGGCGCUUACGGCGAGGCGGCGUGGCAGACGCCGCCGCCGCCCGCGCCGCCCUAUAGCGCCCGCGCCACGCCGCAGGCGCCUGGCCCGCCCGCCUAUCAGCCCACCAAUGAUCAUUAUAACAUGAAUAUAGCAGCUUAAUUAAUCAAUAAUGUUCUAGAUGCUUGACCUUGCAGAGUACUUAAGUGCCUUACUUCAGUGAUGUUAUUUGGUAAAUGCUGUUCGAAAUAUUGCUGGCCUUAUAACUGUAGUCACUAAGUUUUGAUUUAUAUUUAGAUAAUCAUAUCGAAAUAUUGCCAUCAAGUGGUGUGUUUAACGAAUGAGUGUUUCAAGAUGUGAAUGUGAUUUUAUACGAAUUUUUUCAUUUGGGUUUAGGUCAUUGAGCGAGCAUAUUUUUAAGGAAUUGUUAUUAUUAUGUCAAGACAUUAGCUUUAAUGAAACUGUUAGUGUUAAGUUUCUGCCAGAAAUAAUUAGUUUUACAUCGAUAGCACGUGUCGUUAUGAAGCAUUUAAACUGAAUUGAAGAUUAAUAUAAAUUAUCCAAUUGUUGAUUUGAUUGCCCAGUGAAUUUAUACUUAUUUGUUUGGGCACAAAAUAAGUUUAUACUUACAUUUUAUAUAGAAUCCUAGCCUAAACCAUUCCAUUGACUUACAUUCCAGAAGCUGAUCCUAACAUAUUUUUAAUGAACACAAGUAAUGUAUGUACUACAUUACUUGUGUUCUGUAAAUGUAUAUAUCAAAAUAAAUUGUAUAAAGAUCCGUUUAUUACUAAAUUAGAAAUUAAACAAUAGUUAUUUUAUAAUGUUAUGGGAAUUCCAGUGUUAUACUUCCGUCCAAUUGAUUGAAGUUCUCGAAUUACUAGAAUCUCAUAAUAAAUGUUUAAGCAAAAGUCGAAUUUGUCUAGAUAAGGUAUAAGUAAUCGGACUGUAUUUGUUACUUAAGUCUUGAUUAUGAACUGUGGACCAAUUUUGUACCUAGCAAUUAAUUAGAUUACAACGAGCUUUAUUAGGUUAAGUGUAUAAGUUAUAGGGUUAUAUUUGAACCAGACUAUCUGGUAAUUUUUAUACCAAAUAUACACCUACUAAGCAAAUACAGAUCUUUAUUUUUUUACAAUUUCUCCUCAUGAUACCUACAUACAUUGGAAGAAGAAAAUAAAAAGUAACGUUAUAUCGAGCACUAUAAUUUUAUUCUUAAAAUUAAUCUUAACAGAGAAAUAUAAGACUUCAAAAAUAUAUCACAAGGUAUUCAAUACACUGAUCAUGAAUAUUUUAUAAAAUUGCCAGCUAUAUACAUAAAUAAGCCGAAACAAUAAUUUAC